AUGAAACUACAAGUAAAUAUUCAGAUCCUCCAGCUCUCAUUUCUAGCACUUCUAUUCUUUACCCCUCUCCUCCACAAAACCAUAUCCUCCGCCCCAUUCGCUGCUGUCCUCCACCUUCUCUCCGCCAACCUUCGCCUCUCACUAUCAUGCACCAUCUGCACAUUCAUCUCCAUUUUCUACUACUUCUACACCCGCCCAAGCCAGGUUUACAUGCUAAACUACACCUGUUACAAACCACCACCUCACCGGAAGUGCUCCUAUCAAGUGGCUGAGAAUUUUGUGAGCCGAAAUGCACAGUUCACCGAGAAAACCCUAGACUUCAUGCGUAACAUUUAUCUGAAAUCGGGUUUAGGUGAUGAAACUUAUGGGCCCGCGUUCAUUUUUGAAGAAGAUGGUGUUCCUACACUAAAUUACGCCAUGCAAGAAGCUGAAGAAGGGAUUUUUUCUUCCAUUGAUGCCCUUCUGUUGAAAACCCUAAUCGAUCCACAAUCCAUAGACAUUGUUAUUGUUACAAGUGGAAGCUUUUCUCCUACUCCAUCACUUUCUUCACUCAUUUUAAAUCACUAUAUACUCAAACCUGACGUGAAAACAUAUAAUCUUAGUGGUAUGGGUUGCAGUUCUGGAGUUAUUUCAAUGGAUUUUGCAGCCGAGAUUUUACGUAGCAGCCGAAAAAUUCAAAAUGUUCUUGUAGUCGUCACUGAGAGUAUCACUUUAAAUUGGUACUCCGGUGACAACCGUCCAAUGCUGGUGACUAAUUGUAUCUUCCGGGUCGGCUGCGCCGCCGCGUUGAUCACCAACGACCCGAGUCACCGCCGUGUUGCCAAGAUGGAACUUGUUGACUCGCUUAGGACUCACGACGGGGCUGAUGACGGCGCCUAUAGAGCUGCAUUUCAAGAAGAGGAUGAGAAGGGUAUUAAUGGGAUUUCACUCACCAAGGAUUUGAUUAGGGUUGCUGGCAUGAGCUUACGUAAGCACAUCAAGAUUUUAGCACCACGAGUCUUGCCACUGAGUCAAAUCGUUCAUUAUGCCUACUCGGUAGUUUCGGCCAAGUUUUGGGGUGACGAGUCGAAGCCUAUCGUCCCAGACUUCAAGACAGCAUUCGAGCAUAUAUGUAUACACACGGGUGGUAGGGCUGUGAUUGAGAACGUAGCCCGAGUUCUCAAACUGGACGACGAGGUGAUUGAGCCAGCUCGAAUGACUCUAAACCGGUUCGGGAACACGUCUAGUAGUCUUGUAUUCUAUGAAUUAGCUUAUUUUGAAGCCAAGAAAAGAGCAAAAAUGGGUGAUAGAAUGUGGAUGCUUGCAUUUGGAACAGGGUUCAAAGUUGGUAGCUUAGUGUGGAAAUGGCUUCAAAAUUCAAGCCAAGAAUUUGAUAAUCCAUGGAAUGAUUGCAUCCAAAAUUAUCCAUUGAAGACUUGA